AUGGACUGUAACUCUCAAGGAAACAAGACUCAGAAUACUCACACGAUCAGUGAUCAAUCCAAAAAUGAGGUUUCUAGUAACAGCGAACGAAGGAUUACCAUCAAAUUCCUUCAAGUAAAUGCCCAGAAGUGUAAAGCAGCUUGCUCGCUACUGGUUAAAACUGCGAGCGACAUGGACAGUGACAUAAUUACGAUCCAAGAGCCUUACACGAUUGAUAACAAAAUUGUCCGCUUUGGUAAAUGGCAAAUCUUAACGGGACAUACUCCCUCAAGGCCCAAAUGCGGCAUAAUAGUCUGUAACCCCAAACUGGACAUAGCAUUGAUUCCUCAUCUCUGCUCGGAAAGGGUUUGUGUUGCUAUCAUGCUACAGUCAAACCCCAUAUAUAUUAUGAGCAUCUAUUUCGCACCAGAUGAAAACGACGACGAUUCUGUAAGCGAACUAUCAAGCGUCCUAGAAAAAAUUGAAAUUGACAACAUCAUUAUUCUAGGCGACAUAAAUGCCAAAUCGGCAAUCUGGUAUCAUACCAAGGAAGAUAGGAGAGGUAGGCUGAUUGCCGAUUUGAUGGUCAGCCACGAUUUAAUUUCCACCAACAUGUCCACCCUCCCAACUUUCCACACCCCUCAUGCGGAAGGUUGGACCGACGUUUGCCUCGCCACCAAUAACCUCAGCCAAAGGAUUACUAAUUGUGAGACCAUUCUGACUCCCUCGGCCAGCGACCAUCGUUACAUCGCUACGGAAUUAACUAACAUAAGUACUUCUCAUGACAAGAACAGAUUCUUAACUAAACGUACCAACUGGGAGAUGUUCCGGGAACUCUUUGGGCAGAUGUGGAGGUCCAUUCAUUUUAGCCCAAUCGAUACGCAAGGGGAUCUGGAUGAUUAUGUCGAUAAAAUAACUACAGCGAUCCAAACCGCGGCUAAACUAGCAACCUCGACUAAACAAAGUAGGAAAAGGGAAACCUAUUGGUGGCUGGAGGAGCUCACGGAACUAAAAAAGAGAACUAACAAACUGAAGAAAAAAUUGCACAGAACGAAAAGUGAACAGGAGAAAGAAGCAAUCCGGAAAAAUUACAGGCAGACAAUUAAAAUUUAUUAA